AUGAUUCACUUACAAAGUGAUGAACUUAAUAUACAACUUGGUGACAAAGUUACCAUCCUUGCAGAAUAUGAUGAUGGUUGGGUACUAGGUGUUAAUGAGACGCGUGGUGGUAUUAAGGGCGUAUUCCCUAAAAAUUGCGGCAAUGAAAGUAAUAAUGAAUCCAUUGAUACAGAAUCAGAUAUUGAUCCUGACGAUUAUGAAUAUUAUGAUAACCAUAAUAGAGAUAUUGAUUUUCUAAUAGAAGACUACAUAGAUUUAAAUAAUUCUUUAUUUAAUUAUGAAGGUAGUGACAAAAAUAAAAUUGAUAUAAGUGUAGAGAAUUUACAUCAUAAUGAAAAUUAUGAAUAUAACCCCAAUGAUUUGGUUUCCAAUGUUUUUGCUAUGAUGUAUGAGAGACGCUUUAUCGUACAUAUGAUUAGUAACAUUAAGGACGUAUUGAAAAGAAAAACUGGUGUCAGUGAUAAACUAUUUCACCAUGUUCUCGCAAUUAAAGCCACACUGGGAGGAAUAAAUCCUUCUUACUUGACGAGUUGA